AACUUACUCAACAGAAGAGAGAUCAUAGGUAGAACAAGUUCAAUUAAAUGGACAACACAAGAAUUUCUCUAAGGCCAUUCAACAUUUCUGAUGCUAACAACCUCUUUACAUGGGCUAACGAUGAAAACGUUACAUAUUAUCUAAGAUGGAACACAAUCACAUCAAUUGAAGCAGCAAGAAAUUACAUCCAACAAGUUGUUAUUCCACAUCCAUGGCGUCGAUCUAUUUGUUUGGAUGAUCGAUCAAUCGGAUACGUAUCAGUAAGGCCAGAAUCAGGGAGUGAUCAAAAUCAUAGAGCUCACAUUGGAUAUGCAAUUGGUUCUGAUUAUUGGGGACAAGGAAUUGUUACUAAGGCAUUAAAAAUGGCUAUACCAAUUGUGUUCAAUGAUUUUCCUAAUUUGGUGAGGGUAGAAGCAUUGGUGGAACCUCAAAAUAUAGGGUCACAAAAGGUGUUAGAAAAAGUUGGUUUCAAAAAAGAAGGAUUUUUAAGGAAGUAUGGUUUUAAUAAAGGUGAAAUUAGAGAUAUGUUCAUCUAUAGCUUCUUAUCAACUGAUCAAAUUUUGUGAGGAAAAAGAGGGAGGGUUGGCUUAGGGGCGGAGCUACAAUUCUGCUUAUGAAUUCAGCAAAAUCUAGGCGUUUUGGCCCAAACUCGAUAUUUGUGUUAAAAGAUGUACUUCAUAUAUAUAUAUAAAUAAUUUAACAAAAAUCAAUAA